GCUCGUGAAAAAUUAAAUUGUGUAAAACGUUCGGUGAGAGUAAACCAAACUUGCGAAAAAAGUAGAACACACACAAAAAACGGGAAGAAAAAACAAUUAGCAAUAAACGCCUAACAAUAAAUUCUGAAAUAAUCGUUAAAAAAAUCUGCACAAUAACUAAAUUAUAAGAGAUAGAGUGAAAAUAUUCCAAUUCGAAUGUCAAUUUAGUCCAAAAAAAUAAAACACGAAAAACGAAAGAAAGGCAAAAAUUAAGCUGAAGGUGAUUGAUUUUUCCUCACUACCCGUUAUCGUUGUCGUCGUCGUCGUUGCCAUUGCCGUGCGUGUGUAUAUAUCGUUCGUUGGUUACACUUGGUGCUGCUGGUGGUAUUUGGAGAAAGCAAUCAAGCAGAAGCAGCAGAGGAGAAGAAGAAAAUACAGGCAGCAGUCAGCCAGUCCGCUGUCGUCGUGGUAGUAAUAAAAGAAAAAGUCCAUUAAGUCGUGUUUAAAACGACCCCUUCCCUACUGAUAAGAUUUUCGAGGAGACAACAACACCAGCCUAAAGAUGGCCUUUGCAGGAUUCAAGAAACAAAUUAACAAAGCCAAUCAGUAUGUGACGGAAAAAAUGGGUGGUGCCGAGGGCACCAAACUCGAUUUGGAUUUCAUGGAAAUGGAACGCAAAACAGACGUAACCGUCGAAUUGGUCGAGGAACUGCAGGUGAAAACCAAAGAAUUCCUACAACCAAAUCCCACGGCCAGAGCCAAGAUGGCAGCCGUCAAGGGCAUCUCGAAAUUGUCUGGACAGGCAAAAUCGAAUACGUAUCCUCAGCCCGAAGGCCUUUUGGCUGAUUGUAUGUUGACUUAUGGCAAAAAGUUAGGCGAAGACAAUAGCGUUUUUGCGCAGGCGCUAGUUGAGUUUGGCGAAGCGCUGAGGCAAAUGGCCGAUGUGAAAUAUUCUCUGGAUGACAAUAUCAAACAAAACUUCCUGGAACCACUGCAUCACAUGCAAAUGAAGGAUUUGAAAGAGGUUAUGCAUCAUCGAAAGAAGCUGCAGGGACGGCGACUUGACUUCGAUUGCAAACGUCGCCGACAGGCCAAAGACGAUGAAAUACGUAGUUCCGAGGAAAAGUUUGCCGAAUCGUUGCACCUUGCCCAAAUGGGUAUGUUCAACUUGCUCGAGAAUGACACCGAGCAAGUAUCGCAACUGGUAACUUUCGCCGAGGCUUUGUACGAAUUUCACUCUCAGUGCGCUGAUAUUUUGCGCGGUCUGCAGGAAACGUUGCAAGAGAAACGGGAAGAAGCCGAAUCGCGUCCUAAACCGGAAUUUGUGCCCAAAACUCUACUCGAUUUGAACUUGGACGGAACGGGCAAUGACACGGAGAGCUCGGGCACACCAGCCCACCAUAGGGCGGCUGGUGCAUCUCCGCUGCCAUCGCCUAUGCGUUCACCGGCAAAAUCGAUGGCCACAACACCGUCGCGACAACAGAUGCAGCCCUAUUGCCAGGCGUUGUACGAUUUCGAUCCUCAAAAUCCCGGCGAGUUGGGCUUUAAAGAACAUGAAAUUAUUACGCUUCUGAGUCGCGUCGACGAAAAUUGGUUUGAGGGCUCAAUCAACGGUCGCACUGGCUACUUUCCACAAUCAUAUGUGCAGGUGGUUGUGCCACUACCAAAUGGUAAUUAAAUAGCAAAAACAAACAAACACACAAGGAUUAUGAAUGAUGAUGAUGCUACAACUAACUAAUGAUGAUGAUGAUAAUAAUGAUGUGAAAAAAUGACCCAACCAACAACUGACAUCCAAUCCAAACAACACCAGGAAGGAGGCUGUUUCUCUCGAUAAUGAUUAUUGCGAUAUUGAUGAUGAUAAUGAUGCUAACAAUGUUGAUUAUGCAUAUUAUAUAGCUUCAAUGAUUAUGACAUGCUGCAGAAGAAAAUAUAUAGAUACAUAUAUACAUAUAUUGGAAAUAUUCCAUCAUUAGGCCCACUAUUGCCAUACACACCACAUAGAAAUUAGAAACAAUAUUGCUUAUUUAAAAUACAUUUUUGUUUAUUAUUAUUAUUUUUUGUUACCAAUCAUAAAAGUAAAACUUUUUUAAUUUGUAAGACAUACCUAAGAUAUAUACAAAUAUACAUAGCUUAUUAACCAUACUAUCACACGUCCACCCUUACCUGGUAACUGCUUGUUUACAAGGCAAAAUAUUGAAUGUAUGAAUAUUUUUUUUAUAAUAGAAACAAUAAAAGUAAUUAAAAAGUUUAUAAACUAAAUCAAAAUUCUAUGAUCCUCCACAAUUCUUCUGUAUUCCAAAUUCUCUAUCUCUCUCUUUACCUUUAUUAUAUUACUAUAAAUGUGUGUUGUUUAUUUUGUUAUUUAUUAUUAUGUAUUAUUAUUAUAAUUAUAUUAAAUUAUACAAUAUAUGGAAUUAUUAAGGCUAAACAAUUUAAAUUAAAAGAGAAAAACAAAUUAAUUAUUAAUAAUAAUCUAAAAUUAUAUAUACAUGUAUAUUUAUUAAUAAAUAAAACAGAAAAAAAAACAAACAAUAAAAAAUUAUAUUUAUUAUUAUGAUUAAAGAAAAACAAUACAAACAACAAACUCUUUAGUGAGUUUUUUUAGGUUAACCCAAAUAGACAAAUGACAAAAUGGUCAAUAAAAAAGGCUCCUAGGUAAACAUGAAGAUGAUUAUGAAAAAGAAAAAAACAACAACAACAUAUAACACCUAAAACAAUACCUUAUUUAUUAUAACUUAUUGAAGAAAAGUAAAAGCAAAACGAAACUUAUAAUUAACCAAUAAAAUAUUAACAAGACACAAUUUCAAUGUCUAAUUCCUCCCCCUCCUUCUGCGCCUACUAUCUUCCCCCUCCCUCUCCCUAGAAAAACAUCUACAACAACAAUAAUAAUUCUGAAAACAAAAGAAAAACCAAACUGUCUCAUGUUGGAAUAUUAAUUAUACAACAUUAUUAUAUAUUAUACACCUAUUAAACUACUUAUAUAAUAUCUAUUGAAAAACAAUUAAAUGAAUUAACAAACAAAAACAAUAAUAUUUAUAAAAUAAAACCACAAAAACAACAAAACCGAAAACCUAAUGAAAAAGAACAACAACGUUUGGACUAAUGUAUGGAAAAACAAAGAUAUUAUAUUAACAGAGUUUCGCUAAGGAGGUAUAUCCUUAAUCCUUAUUAAGCCUAUACAACAACAAUAAUAAAGAAAACAAUAUACUCCGCAUAGAAUUACUAACUACAACAUGAACAACAAAAUGCAAAAAAAGACAAAAACAAGAAGUAAAAGCAAACAAACAAAGAAAAAAAAAAACACAAAACAAAAACAAAUUGUGUAUGAUUUAUGGUAUAAUGGAAUAACGGUAUUUUUUUGGGAUUUAAACCACAAAUGAACUCAAAAAAAUAAUAAUUGUAAUUUUCAAAAAAAAAACAAA